CAAAAGGAAACCUGCCACAAUAACCCCUCCGAAUGUGUUACGUAGAAAGUUACAAAAACUUGAUAGUACGAAUUGCUUGCUGCUCGUCGGUGCUUCCAAUUUCUGCUUGUUAAAAUUUUCGCGCACACCCGAUCCACAUAGUAAGAUGGAUUCUUCUUAAUAUGGCGGCCGUUUCUGUUGGUGUAAAGCGAAACUUUACUUUUUAAUCAAAUAGCAUGACAUUACUAGAAUCUUCGGGAGUCAGGCAUCGUCUGAUCAAAUUUAGCUGGACAAGGACACUCGGAAGCAUCAAAUUGAUUGUCGGAAACAAGCGGCGUUAUUUUGGGUUUCGUUUUGAUUGUCAAACCCUGGGCUACAUUCGCAGUUGAUGCUCGUAGUCACUGACGUUGCUUUUGUUCCAACUGUUGUAUUUUUACUGGUAAAGCCGAUAGGUAAGAUUGGACAACACUUGACUAAUAAGAAAGGCGUCUUAUAAGGAACGUGGAGAGCACAUACUUGAGUCCGAAUAGAACAGCGCCCCAGUGGACAUUGACGUCAACUUACCUGUUAGUGAAUUUCAGUGUUGUUUGGAUGUCACUCCCAGUCAGUAUAAGGAGGAAUUUGGUUUGCUAGCACUGUCAAUACUGGCAAAUCAAAUGGAGAAGAUUCUUGACCUGAGCCAAUCGGAGCUACAUGAACUUCUGGAUCACCCGGAAAAGGUGGCAUCUAUGGCCCACGAGUCUGACGAGAUCCAGAACAUCCACUUGGAGAGAGAGAUGGCUUUGGCAUCCAAUCGCAGCCUUGCCGAGCAAAACCUGGCCAUGAGGCCAGACCUGGAGUCGAGAAGAGAAGUUCUGGUGGAGAGAUAUCUACAACUCGAGGCUAUCAGAGAAACCUACAAAGAACACCACGCCAUUAUAGAUGGAAUGAUUGGCCAGGUGUCACCAGAAGCAUUCUUCUCCAGACUGCAGACAGAGGGCAAAAAAGCAGAAGCCGAGUCCGAGGUUCUCGCCGAUAUAUUUCUGGAGGGCUCUCUGCCAUUGGACUCAUUCCUUGACCGCUUCCUGCCUCUACGUUCCCUUGCUCACAAAAGACGUGUGCGGAUAGAGAAAUUCCAGGAGGUCAUGCGACAGACAAGAGAGAUUGAACCCGCAGCUACAUCAUCAUCAUCACCAGGAAUUAGCCAUGGCCCUCCAGUUAAUCACUGGAAUCCACAAAUGGCAACAGCAGCAAAUCAGCAGCACCAAGCAAACAACAAAUGCCAGACCUCCACUUACUAUAAUGCUUCCCAACCUCUUCCUUCAUCUACGGGGGCUUCCUGUGGCGUCCCCUACCUCCAAUGUCCUUCUGCUCCUUCCUGCACUCCUCCACCAGUUGCGUUAUUGGCAACAGGCACUGGCCCAGUCCUUCCCUCAUCACAAGCAGUAUCAUCUGCAGGCUUACCUUUUGCUCCGGCGGGGAGCUCCACUGCUCCCAGGCCAGCAUUUAGACCGAUAUCUUCAGCCCCUUGCCCUUAUCCAACGCAGUCAUCUUUUUCCGCCCCAAAUCCAGGAUCAGCUUUUGGCCAAUACACACGGAACCCCCCCCAAAGCAAUACUGCAGUAUACGCAGCUUCAUAUGGUGACGGUGGUUAUAAUUAUCCAGCCAGUUCUGCUUAUUACAAUUCUCAGUCACCAACCGAAAGACCAAUUUGCAGACCCGGAAAUGGAGUACCGCAGCCAUAUUUUUGAAAGUAUCGACUGCUCCUUUUUCCUACUAUGUCCUAAUUCCACACACUUAAUCCACCCUUUGCUGACGGGUUUCUCAGCCUAGUUGCUAACCCCCUCUUGUCUCUGUGUCAUCUACUGUGAUCUUUUCUUCAACUUUCAGAUUUUAGGUUAUUUUGUCUUUUAAUAUUAUGGUGGUUUUAUUUAUUCCCGUAACCCCCACACCCUAGUCUCAGGUUGUUUGUGGUUCUUAAAACAGAGAUGAGAGACUCUAAGUUAUAUGACAUGACUUGAGUCAGACUCAAGUUUGCUAUUUUUAGGAUCUGCGGGUUUGCAUGCCAAAAACUUGAUUUGACUUGAUUGGGACUUGAUAUCUAAAGGCGUUUCCACAAGAGACGGCCUCGCUUAGCCCUGGAUGUUGGCUUUUCCACUGGACUUUUUUGCGGCUGGGAACUGCUUUUCAGAACCAUCGGAGGUGGUUUUCAAACUGUGUUUUUUUUUUUUUGAAAUGCAGGUCCGAGCGCGUCUGUGUCAAGCAAGGAACUCCGCCGCCCAUGUCCUGGUUUUAGACCAGCCGCCCGCUGGCCAUCUGCAAA